AGACUUUUUUAAAAGCCCAAUUUCCCUGUGAUUGCCCACGUGCUGCAGCCUGGUUUUUUCCAAUUUCAGCUGCCCACAGAUGGGCUGCAAGGCAGGCAAUGCACACGAUCUCUUCCUUGGGUCCCUGUAAGUCCUUCCAUCUGACUUGUGGGAAGUGUAGUCCCGGGUCCUGUGACGUCAUCAGAAAGGGCCGCCGGAAUCGAACUUCCUUAUUCUUUCUUCAAACUUCAUUCCUCAAAUGUAUGCAGUUGUCCUGCUCAGCGCUGCAUCUGGAUUUCUGACAUGGAGGUUGGUGCAGGGAGCAGCGCCAUCUUUCAGGAAAUGCUGUCAUUCAGGGAUGUGGCCAUUGAUUUCUCUGCAGAGGAGUGGGAAUGCCUGGAGCCUGCUCAGUGGGAUCUGUACAGGGACGUGAUGCUGGAGAAUUACAGCAACCUUGUGUUCCUGGGUCUUGCUUCAUCUAAGCCAUACCUGGUCACAUGUCUGGAGCAAAUACAAGAGCCUUCAGAUGUGAAAAGAGGAGCAGCUACCUCUAUGCUCCCGGCAGGAGAAAAAUGUUAUACGUGCAAAGAGUGUGGCAAAGUCUUUGAGUGGACAAAAGUGUUCCAAAAUCACAAGAUGCUUGAUUUAGGAAUGAAUCCCUACAAGUGUGAAGAAUGUGCCAGGUCCUUCCAUAGUCCAUCAUUAAGUUCUGAAGAGAACAGAAUUCAUACAGGAGAAAAUCCUUACAAAUGUGAAGUUUGUGGCAAGGCCUUCUGCAUUCCAUUAUUACUUUCUAAACACAAGAUAAUUCAUAUGGGAGAGAAUCCCUACAAGUGUGAUAUAUGUGAUAAGGCCUUCCAGCAUCUUUCAAGACUUUCCAGACAUAAGAAGAUUCAUUCAGAAGAGAAACCAUACAAGUGUGAAGUAUGUGGAAAGGCCUUCCACUUUCCAUCAUUACUUUUGGUACACAAGAGAGUUCAUACAGGAGAGAAACCAUACAAGUGUGAAAUAUGUGGCAAAGCCUUCCAUUAUCCAUCAAUACUCUCUAAACACAAGCGAAUUCAUACAGGAGAGAAACCAUACAAGUGUGAAGAAUGUGGUAAGGCCUUCCACAUUUCAUCAUUUCUUUCUAAACACAAAAUAAUUCAUAGAGGAGAAAAACCCUACAAGUGUGAGGUAUGUGGCAAGGCCUUCCAUUAUCCAUCAAGACUUUCCAACCAUAAGAAAAUCCAUUCAGNAGAGAAACCAUACAAGUGUGAAGUAUGUGGAAAGGCCUUCCGCAUUUUAUCACUACUUUCUAAGCACAAGAUAAUUCAUACAGAAGAGAAUCCUUACAAGUGUGAAGUAUGUGGCAAGGCUUUCGAUUAUCCCUCAAGACUUUCUACCCAUUCAAAAAUGCAUACAGGAGAGAAACCAUACAAGUGUGAAGUAUGUCAAAAGGCUUUCCGUUCUCUGUCAUCACUUUCUAAACACAAGAGAAUUCAUACAGAAGAUAAUUAUUAUAACAGUGAAUUAUGUGGCAAGGCCUUCAUUUAUCCUUCAAGACUUUCUAAACAUAAGAAAAUUUGUGCAGGAGAGAAGCCCUACAAGUGUGAAGUAUGUGGCAAGGCCUUCCAUGUUUCAUCACUACUUUCUAAACACAGGACAAUUCAUACAGGAGAAAAACUCUAUAAGUGUGAAGUAUGUGGGAAGGCAUUUUAUUAUCCAUCAAGACUUUCCAACCAUAAGAAAAUUCAUACAGGCGAGAAACCAUACCAGUGUGAAGUAUGUGGGAAGGCCUUCUGUUUUCCUUCAUCACUAUCUAAACACAAGAGAAUUCACACAGGAGAGAAACCGUACAAAUGUAAAGAGUGUGGAAAGCCCUUCCGCUCUCUGUCCUCACUUUCUAAACACAAGAGAAUUCACACAGGAGAGAAACCCUACAAGUGUGAAGUAUGUGGCAAGGCCUUCCAUUAUCCAUCAUUACUUUCUAAACACAAGAUAAUUCAUACAGAAGAAAAACCCUACAAGUGUGAAGUAUGUGGCCAGGUGUUCCAUGUUCCAUCAAAACUUUCUCAUCACAAGAUAAUUCAUACAGGAGAAAAACCCUACAAGUGUGAAGUAUGUGGCAAGGCCUUCUGCAUUCCAUUAUUACUUUCUAAACACAAGAGAGUUCAUAUGGGAGAGAAUCCCUAUAACAGUCAAGUAUGUAGCAAGGCCUUCAUUUGUCCUUCAAGACUUUCUAAGCAUAAGAAAAUCCGUACAAAAGAGAAACCAUACAAGUGUGAAGUAUGUGGAAAGGCCUUCCGCUUCCCAUCAUUACUACUAAUACACAAGGGAAUGCAUACUGGAGAAAAACCCUACAAGUGUGAAGAUUGUGGCAAGGGCUUCCAUUAUCCAUCACUACUUUCUAAACACAAGAGAAUUCAUACAGGAGAAAAACCAUACCAGUGUGAAGUGUGUGGCAAGGACUUCCAUGUUUCAUCAUCACUAUCUAAACACAGGAUAAUUCAUACAGGAGAGAAGCCAUACAAGUGUGAAGUGUGUGGGAAGGCCUUCCGCUUUUCAUCAUCACUAUCUAAACACAAGAGAAAUCAUACAGGAAAGAAACCCUACAAGUGUGAAGAAUGUGGCAAGGCCUUCCAUUUUCCAUCAAUACUUUCAAAACACAAGAUAAGUCACACUGGAGAGAAACCCUACAAUUGUGACUUAUGUGGCAAGGCCUUCCAUUAUGCAUCAUUACUUUCUAAACAUAAGAUGAUUCAUACGGGAGAAAAACCCCACAAGUGUGAUAUAUGUGGCAAGGCCUUCCAUUAUCCUUCAAAACUUUCCAAUCAUAAGAAAAUUCAUACAGGAGAGAAACCCUACAAGUGUGAAGUAUGUGGGAAUGUCUUCUGUUUUGCAUCUUCACUUUCUAAACACAAGAGAAUUCACACAGGAGAGAAUCCGUACAAGUGUGAAGUAUGUGGCAAAGCCUUCUAUUAUCCAUCAUUACUUUCUAAACACAAGAUCAUUCAUACAGGAGAGAAACCCUACAAGUGUGACUUAUGUGGCAAGGCCUUCCAUUAUCCAUCAUUACUUUCUAAACACAAGGUAAUUCAUACAGGAAAAAAACCCUACAAGUGUGAAGUAUGUGGCAAAGCCUUCCAUUAUCCCUCACGACUUUCCAAGCAUAAGAAAAUUCAUGUUGUCAAGAAAACGUACAAAUCUAAAGAAUGUGCCAAAUACUUCAGAAGUUCCAAAGCAUGAUCUGAACACCGGAUUAUUCCUACUGGAGAGAAACAUUACAGUUGUGGAGAAUGUGGCAAAACCUAUUACCAGUCUUCUGGUCUUAAACAACAUUCAAGAAUUCAUGCAACAGAAAAACCCUACAAGUGUGAGGUAUGUGGCAAAGCCUUCCAUUAUAAAUCAAGACUUUCCAACCAUAAGAAAAUCCAUUCAGGAGAGAAACCAUACAAGUGUGAAGUAUGUGGGAAGGCCUUCCGCAUUUUAUCACUACUUUCUAAGAACAAGAUAAUUCAUACAGAAGAGAAUCCUUACAAGUGUGAAGUAUGUGGCAAGGCUUUCGAUUAUCCCUCAAGACUUUCUACCCAUGCAAAAAUGCAUACAGGAAAGAAACCAUACAAGUGUGAAGUAUGUGAAAAGGCUUUCCAUUCUCUGUCAUCACUUUCAAAACACAAGAUAAUUCAUACAGAAGAAAAACCCUACAAGUCUAACGUAUGUGGCCAGGCGUUACAUGUUCCAUUCAAACUUUCUCAUCACAAAAUAAUUCAGACAAGAGAAAAACCCUACAAGUGUAAAGUAUGUGGCAAGGCCUUCUGCAUUCCAUUAUUACUUUCUAAACAUAAGAGAAUUCAUACAGGAGAGAAUCCCUAUAACAGUCAAGUAUAUAACAAGGCCUUCAUUUAUCCUUCAAGACUUUCUAAGCAUAAGAAAAUUCGUACAAAAGAGAAACCAUACAAGUUAAUAUGUGGAAAGUCCUUUCUCUUCCCAUCAUUACUACUAAUACACAAGGGAAUGCAUCCUGGAGAAAAACCCUACAAGUGUGAGUAUUGUGGCAAGGCCUUCCAUUAACUAUCACUACUUUCUAAACACACGAUUCAUAUAGGAGAAAAACAAUACCAGUGUGAAGUGUGUGGCAAGGACUUCCAAGUUUCAUCAUCACUAUCUAAACACAGGAUAAUUCAUACAGGAGAGAAGCCAUACAAGUGUGAAGUGUGUGGGAAGGCCUUCCACUUUUCAUCAUCACUAUCUAAACACAAGAGAAUUCACACAGGAAAGAAACCCUACAAGUGUGAAGAAUGUGGCAAGGCCUUCCAUUUUCCAUCAAUACUUUCUAAACACAAGGUAAUUCAUACAGGAAAUAAACCCUACAAGUGUGAAGUAUGUGGCAAAGCCUUCCAUUAUCCCUCACAACUUUCAAAGCAUAAGAAAAUUCAUGGGGCUGGAGACAUGGCUCAGCAAUUAAGAGAACUGGCUGCACUUUCAAUUGUGCUGUCCUGGGUUCAAGUCCCCGCAACCACAUGCUGGCUCACAAUCAUGUAUGAUGGAAUCUGUUUCCGUAUUCUGGUAUGCAGGGGUACAUGCAGCUUUUGGCUGGAUAACCUGACAAUUGGUGAGAAUGGGGUAUUGAACUCUCCAAAGAGGUUAGGGCCAAUGUGGUAUUAUGCAGCUGCCCACAGCUGGGCUGCAAGGCAGGCAAUGCACAAGACCUCUUCCUUGGGUCCCUGUAAGUCCUUCCAACUGACUUGUGGGAAGUGUAGUCCCGGGUCCUGUGACGUCAUCAGAAAGGGCCGCGGAAUCGAACUUCCUUAUUCUUUCUUCAAACUUCACUCCUCAAAUGUAUGCAGUUGUCCUGCUCAGCGCUGCAUCUGGAUUUCUGACAUGGAGGAAAUGCUGUCAUUCAAGGAUGUGGCCAUUGAUUUCUCUGCAGAGGAGAGGGAAUGCCUUGAUCCUGCUCAGUGGAAACUGUACAGGAAUGUGAUGCUGGAGAAUUAUGACAAUCUUGUGUUCCUGGGUCUUGCUUCGUCUAAGCCAUAUCUAGUCACAUGUCUGGAGCAAAUACAAGAGCCUUCAGAUGUGAAAAGAGGAGCAGCUACCUCUAUGCUCCCGGAAUGCAAAGAAUAUGGAAAAGUUUUUGAGUGGACCGAAGUGUUUCAAAAUCACCAGAUAAUUGACUUAGAAGUGAAGCCCUACAGGAAUGAAGAAUGUGCCAAGUACUUCCAUAUUCCAUCAUUAAGUUCUGAAGAGAACAGAAUUCAUACAGGAGAAAAACCUUACAAAUGUGAAGUUUGUGGCAAGGCCUUCUGCAUUCCAUUAUUACUUUCUAAACACAAGAUAAUUCAUACAGGAGAGAAUCCCUACGAGUGUGAAGUGUGUGGCAAGGCCUUCCAACAUCCAUCAAGACUUUCCAGACAUAAGAAGAUUCAUUCAGAAGAGAAACCAUACAAGUGUGAAGUAUGUGAAAAAGCCUUCCACUUUCCAUCAUUACUUUUGGUACACAAGAGAGUUCAUACAGGAGAAAAACCAUACAAAUGUGAAGUAUGUGGCAAGGCCUUCCAUUAUCCAUCAAUACUCUCUAAACACAAGCGAAUUCAUACAGGAGAGAAACCAUACAAGUGUGAAGAAUGUGGNAAGGCCUUCCACAUUUCAUCAUUUCUUUCUAAACACAAAAUAAUUCAUAGAGGAGAAAAACCCUACAAGUGUGAGGUAUGUGGCAAGGCCUUCCAUUAUCCAUCAAGACUUUCCAACCAUAAGAAAAUCCAUUCAGNAGAGAAACCAUACAAGUGUGAAGUAUGUGGAAAGGCCUUCCGCAUUUUAUCACUACUUUCUAAGCACAAGAUAAUUCAUACAGAAGAGAAUCCUUACAAGUGUGAAGUAUGUGGCAAGGCUUUCGAUUAUCCCUCAAGACUUUCUACCCAUGCAAAAAUGCAUACAGGGGAGAAACCAUACAAGUGUGAAGUAUGUGAAAAGACUUUCCGUUCUCUGUCAUCACUUUCUAAACACAGGAGAAUUCAUAUGGGAGAUAAUUAUUAUAACAGUGAAUUAUGUGGCAAUGCCUUCGUUUAUCCUUCAAGACUUUCUAAACAUAAGAAAAUUUGUAGAGGAGAGAAGCCCUACAAGUGUGAAGUAUGUGGCAAGGCCUUCCAUGUUUCAUCACUACUUUCUAAACACAGAACGAUUCAUACAGGAGAAAAACUCUAUAAGUGUGAAGUAUGUGGGAAGGCCUUCUAUUAUCCAUCAAGACUUUCCAACCAUAAAAGAAUUCAUACAGGAGAAAAGCCAUACAAGUGUGAAGUAUGUGGGAAGGCCUUCUGUUUUCCACCAUCACUAUCUAAACACAAGAGAAUUCACACAGGAGAGAAACCGUACAAGUGUAAAGAAUGUGGGAAGUCCUUCCGAUUUCCAUCAUCACUAUCUGCACACAAGAAAAUUCAUACGGGAGAGAAACCCUACAAGUGUGAAGUUUGUGGCAAGGCCUUCCAUUAUCCAUCAUUACUUUCUAAACACAAGAUAAUUCAUACAGGAGAAAAACCCUAUAAGUGUGACAUAUGUGACCAGGCGUUUCAUGUUCCAUCCAAACUUUCUCAUCACAAGAUAAUUCAUACAGGAGAAAAACCCUACAAGUGUGAAGUAUGUGGCAAGGCCUUCCAUUAUUCAUCACUACUUUCUAAACACAAGAUAAUUCAUACAGGAAAAAAACCCUACAAGUGUGAAGUGUGCGACAAGGCCUUCCAUUAUCCAUCAAGACUUUUUAGCCAUACAAAAAUGCAUACAGGAGAGAAACCAUACAAGUGUGAAGUAUGUGGAAAGGCCUUCUGUUCUCCAUCAUCACUUUCUAAACACAAGAGAAUUCAUAAAAUUGAAAAAGCCUACAGUUGUGAGAUUUGUGGAAAGACCUUCUGCAUUCCAUUAUUACUUUCUAAACACAAGAUAAUUCAUACAGGUGAUAAUCAGUAUAACAGUGAGGUAUGUAGCAAGUUUUUUGUUUAUCCUUCAAGACUUCCUAAACAUAAGAAAAUUUAUAAAAGAGAGAAACCAUACAAGUGUGAUGUAUGUGGAAAGGCCUUCGAUUAUCCUUCAAGACUUUCUAAACAUAAGAAAAUUCAUACAAGAGAGAAACCGUACAAGUGUGAUGUAUGUGGAAAGGCCUUCCACAUUGCAUCAUUACUAUUAGUACACAAGGGAAUUCAUACUGGAGAAAAACCCUACAAGUGUGAAGAUUGUGGGAAGGCUUUCUAUUAUCCAUCAUUUCUUUCUAAACACAAGAGAAUUCAUACAGGAGAAAAACCAUACCAGUGUGAAGUGUGUGGCAAGGCCUUCCAUGUUUCAUCAUCACUAUCUAAACACAGGAUAAUUCAUACAGGAGAGAGACCAUACAAGUGUGAAGUGUGUGGGAAGGCCUUCCGCUUUUCAUCAUCACUAUCUAAACACAAGAGAAUUCACACAGGAAAGAAACCCUACAAGUGUGAAGAAUGUGGCAAGGCCUUCCAUUUUCCGUCAUUGCUUUCUAAACACAAGAUAAGUCAUACUAGAGAAAAACUCUACAAUUGUGACUUAUGUAGCAAGACCUUCCAUUAUCCAUCAUUACUUUCUAAACAUAAGAUGAUUCAUAUGGAAGGAAAACCCCACAAGUGUGAUGUAUGUGGUAAGGCCUUCCAUUAUCCUUCAAAACUUUCCAACCAUAAGAAAAUUCAUACAGGAGAGAAACCCUACAAGUGUGAAGUAUGUGGGAAUGUCUUCCGUUUUCCAUCGUCACUUUCUGAACACAAGAAAACUCAUACAGGAAAGAAUCCAUACAAGUGUGAAGUAUGUGGCAAGGCCUUCUGUUCUGCAUCAUUACUUUCUAAACACAAGAUAAUUCAUAUAGGAAAGAAGCCCUACAAAUGUGAAGUGUGUGGCAAGGCCUUCCAUUAUCCAUCACGACUUUCCAAGCAUAAGGCAAUUCAUGGUGCUGGAGAGAUGUCUAGGGUUGAGGGCACUGGUUUCUCUUCCAGAGGUCCUGAGUUUAAUUCCCAGUAACUACAUGGUGGCUCACAACCAUCUAUAAUGGAAUCUUCUGGUGUGCAGAUGUUCAUGCAGAUAGAGAUGUCAUAUACAUAAAAUAAACAAAUCUUUAAAAAUAUUGAUGGUAUAUUGCUUGGUGCCAAAAGAAAAGAAAAAAUGAAAUUCACACAGGAGAGAAACAGUAGUAGUCUGAAGUAUGUGGACGGGCCUCGAAUUUCAUCAUCACUUUUGGUACAGAAGAAAAUUCAUACAGGAAAAAAUUCCUACAAGUGUGUAGUGUGUGGCAAGGAUUUCCAUUGUCCAACAUUACUUUCUAAACACAGGAGAAGUCACUCAGGAAAACAAAAAAACCUACAAGUAUAAAGUAUGUAUCCUGGCCUUCUGUGCUCAACAAAAACAUUAGGGAUCAUGAAAGAAUCCAUUCUGCAGAUAAACCAUACAACUCUAAAGAAUGUAGCAAAUACUUCAGAAGUUCCAUAGCAUAUGCUGAACACAGGAUAAUUCCUACUGUACAGAAAUAUUACAUACAAUAAUAUGGCAUGUGGCAAAAACUAUUACUUGUCUUCUGGUCUUAAACAACAUUCAGGAAUUCAUCUGUUAGAGAAACCACACAAGUAUGAAGAAUGUUCCAAGGUCUUUUGUACUUACUAAGAACUGUAAAACACCUCAUAGUUCAUACAAGACUGAAAUGCCUCAUGUGAAAAAUGUUGCAAACCCUUUAAUAGACUUUCUUAUAUGUCUCAACACAAGGUACUUCAAGCUGGAGUGAAAUAGUACAAAUGUUAAAAUAUUCACAAUACAUUAACACUUCUUCAGACACUAAGUUAUCAAAAGCUUUCUGCUGAAUGGAAACUAUGUAAGAUUGAGAAAUGUGGUAACUAAAGCCUUUGGAAUCAUUCACACAACCAUGUCAAAAAUACAGAUGUCAGACUGUUUAUUCUCUGGAUUUGGGGCUGAUAUUUCCUUGCUGUCUUUUGUUCUGUUUUAGAAUCAGAACACUUCUAUACCAUUGUUGCAAAAGUAGUCACUUGUUUUUAUGUUGUAAAAGAUCACACAUAAGAGAUUGCAUUGAGUCUCACAUAACACAUGAACUGUGGUCUCAUAAUGUUGUAAUUGUUAAAUACGUUGUGGACCUUUCAAGUUGUAGGCUAUUUUACAUAGGAGGUGAAAGUAAGGUUGGGGAAAAGGGAAGAAAUGUUGUGAUUAAAGCUCUGUGGCUAAGGCUAGCAUGAGUUUGGGAACAAACUUAAAAGACAAGACCCAUACCCAUGUUAGUAGUCCAAGUACCCACAAAAUAGGUAAUUACCUCUGCAGAUUUUUCUCUGACCUCCAUGUGUGGGCUCCCAUAUAUACAUACAUACAUUCAUACAUACAUACAUACAUACACCCAGACAAAAUAUACCUAAAUUAUGUUUUGGAAUUAUGCUUGUGUUUUAUGCAGACAGGGGUCAAGAAUUAAUGCUUAUAUCUUAAUUCUCAGCUACUACUUGAGUAUCAUACCUGUCUCCAUUCCACCAUGUUCCCCAAGCAUGCUCCCUAAAAUAAUGAUAAUGUACAAAACUUACAAAACUGUAAACAAGCCCCAAUAAAUGCUUUGUUUAUAAGA